AUGAGGCCAGUACAAAGAAAAAUUAGAAGAAAACUAAAAGCACAUACGUCACCAUUCCCGCCAUCCUCCUCCUCAUCAUCACCACCACCAACAACCACGCCACAGUCAAAAAUCGGUGACGAGAACGUUGCCGUCGGUGUACUAUUCGCUUCGAAAGCGAUGGUCCAGUUGAUUGCGAAUCCGAUUAUCGGUCCGAUUACGAAUAGAAUCGGUUACAGCAUACCGCUCUUGGCCGGUUUCAUCAUUAUGUUCGCUUCGACUAUAACGUUUGCGUUUGGAAGUAGCUACUCGGUGCUGUUCAUCGCCAGAGCCAUUCAGGGUCUUGGCUCGUCAUGCUCGAGUGUCUCAGGAAUGGGAAUGCUAGCCAGCCUGUACACGGAUGAUAGGGAGAGAGGGAAUGCUCUUGCGAUUGCACUGGGAGGUCUUGCUGUUGGAGUGCUUAUUGGACCCACGUACGGUGGGGUCUUGUAUGAGUUUUGUGGGAAGGAGACCCCAUUCAUCAUCUUGGCUGCUUUGGCUUUGGCCGCGGGAGCCAUGGUCCUGUUGACUCUGCAGCCAAAGAUGAGGCAGGAGGACGAGAAGGGGAGUCCUUUGAAAGAGCUGCUGACUGAUCCAUACAUACUCAUCGCUGCUGUGUCAAUUUGCUUCGGUAGUAUGGGAAUCGCAAUGAUGGAACCAACACUCCCGAUCCACAUGGUUGAAGUCAUGGGAUCCUCAAAAUGGGAGCAGGGGAUUGCUUUUCUUCCUUGCUCCGUUUCAUAUCUUAUCGGCACUAACCUGUUUGGACCUCUUGCCCAUAAGAUUGGCAGAUGGCUGAGUGCUAUGAUUGGAUCCAUUAUCAUAAGCUUGGCUUUGUUUUUUAUUCCUCUGGCUACAGAGAUCGGACAUUUGAUAGUACCAAACGCCGCACUUGGAUUUGCCAUCGGCAUGGUAGAUUCGUCAAUGAUGCCUAUGAUGGGUCACCUGGUUGACAUUCGUCACGUGCCAGUAUAUGGGAGUGUUUACGCAAUUGCUGAUGUGGCAUUCUGCUUGGGAUUUGCCGUCGGACCGGCCUUAAGCGGUUCAAUAAUAAUGUGGAUUGGAUUUAAGGGACUGAUGUGGAUGAUGGCAGUCAUCAACAUUCUCUACUCACCCAUGCACAUCUUCCUCAGAAAUCCACCAACGAAAGGAGAAAAACAGGUGAGUGAAUGA